UCUUCUUCUUCUUCUUCUUCUUCUUCUAUGCUUUAGACUUGGAGGCGGGCGCCAGCCUUACCGUGUGUGACAUUCUCUGUCUCUUUGCCAAGGGGUUUGGAGGAAGACACAAAGUAGUUUCUCCUCCUUUUUCACCCAGCCCGCCAUCGUUUGGAGACACGAGAUUAAUAAUUGAGCAUUUAUUUAUUGCGCGAUAGAGACAGACGGGCGAGGGAGAGCGAACGCACUGUGAGGCUGCCAGUUUAAAUCUAUCUGUGGCUUGAACGACCGGGAAGCACGCCACAGCCGCUCCGUAGUAGUAAAGGCGAUUUCGGCGACUCCAAACACUGCACACCCGUGAGAGCAAAUACGAUCUCUCCCUCAGCGUGAAGAUCGUCCCUUUUCGGCGCAGAACAUGAAUAAGCUAUACAUUGGCAACGUGAGCGCUGAGGCGAGCGAGGAGGACCUCGAAACUAUCUUUGUGCAGUGGAAGAUUCCGCACAAUAGUCCGUUUCUUGUCAAAACUGGCUAUGCGUUUGUGGAUUGCCCGGACGAGAAAGCUGCAAUGAAGGCCAUCGAUGUUCUUUCAGGUAAAGUUGAACUUCAUGGGAAAGUUCUCGAAGUUGAGCACUCUGUCCCUAAACGUCAAAGGAGCUGUAAGCUGCAGGUCAGGAACAUCCCGCCUCACAUGCAGUGGGAGGUUUUGGAUGGUAUGCUUGCUCAGUAUGGUGGAGUAGAGAGCUGUGAACAAGUAAACACUGACACAGAGACUGCCGUAGUCAACGUUCGAUAUGCAGCCAAGGACCAGGCCAAGCUGGCAAUGGAGAAGCUGAAUGGAUCUAUGAUGGAGAACUUUGCCUUGAAAGUGUCGUUUAUCCCAGAUGAGACGGCUGCGCCAGAGGGUCCUUCAGCGGGGGGCAGGAGAGGCUACAUCGCCCGUGGAACCUCUCGUUCCGACUCUCCAAGUCUGGGCGCCCGGCCCAAAUUGCAGUCGGACAUCCCGCUGCGCAUACUGGUUCCCACGCAGUUUGUAGGGGCAAUUAUCGGCAAGGAAGGUGCCACCAUCCGCAACAUCACCAAACAGACUCACUCAAAGAUUGACAUCCAUAGGAAAGAAAAUGCCGGUGCAGCAGAGAAGCCCAUCACGAUUCACUCCACCCCUGAAGGUUGUUCGAACGCUUGUACAACAAUCAUGGAGAUCAUGCAGAAGGAAGCCCUCGACACAAAGUUCACUGAGGAGAUCCCACUGAAGAUACUUGCACACAACAACUUCGUAGGAAGGUUAAUUGGAAAGGAAGGGCGCAACCUGAAGAAAAUCGAGCAGGACACGGAGACCAAGAUCACAAUCUCAGCUCUCCAGGACUUGACUGUGUACAACCCAGAGCGGACCAUCACAGUGAAGGGCACCAUCGAGGCGUGUGCAAGAGCCGAGGAGGAGCUGAUGAAGAAGAUUAGGGAAUCGUAUGAGAGUGACAUGGCUGCUAUGAAUCUCCAGUCCAACCUGAUUCCAGGCUUGAAUCUGAACGCUUUGGGUUUGUUCCCUAGUGGAGCACCAGGCAUGGGUCCCUCCAUGUCCAGUAUCCCACCUCCAGGAGCCCACGGUGGAUGCUCAUCAUUUGGGCAGGGACACCCAGAGUCGGAGACGGUUCACCUGUUCAUCCCUGCUCUCGCGGUUGGCGCCAUCAUUGGAAAACAGGGUCAACACAUCAAACAGCUGUCACACUUUGCCGGAGCCUCAAUCAAGAUUGCCCCUGCAGAAGAAGUGGGUUCCACACCCCAGAGGAGGGUCACCAUCGCUGGACCGCCAGAGGCUCAGUUUAAGGCUCAGUGUCGCAUCUUUGGAAAGCUGAAGGAAGAGAAUUUCUUUGGACCCAAGGAAGAGGUGAAGCUAGAGGCUCACAUCAAGGUUCCUUCCUUUGCCGCUGGACGAGUCAUCGGGAAAGGUGGAAAAACGGUAAACGAGCUGCAGAACCUGACCUGUGCAGAGGUGGUGGUGCCCAGGGACCAGACGCCUGAUGAGAAUGACCAGGUCAUAGUCAAGAUCAGUGGACACUUCUUUGCAUGCCAGCUGGCUCAGAGAAAGAUUCAGGAGAUCCUCGCCCAGGUGAAGAGGCAGCAGCAGCCUAAACCCACAUCUGGAGCCCAACCUCCUCAGCCCCGCAGGAAGUAAAGCUCCAGCGGGCCCUGGAGGAAUGGUGACUGAAUCGGCCAGAAGACUCGACAGAAAUGGAUGCAGCAGAGUCCAGGGGAGGAAAGGAGGAAGACAAGGGGUUGUAAUGCUCCCCUCAGGGGGCAAAGGUUAUCAGAACCCAACCAAACAUCCACCCCUCCUUGUCCGUCUUGAUUAACUUUUAAGUGUGGCUAGAAAGAGACCCUAUGCCUUUAAGCCUCCACCCACCUCACCUCUUUGCAUCUCUGUGAGAAAGUACUUCUGAGGGCUCCCAACAACGUCACCUGCCCUCACAUGUACACACCCCUCGACCGUUCUCCUCCUCCCACCACGGGUGUGUUGAAUUUUUUUUCUUUUUUUUUGGUCCUCUUUUUACACUAGAAUCACAAAGAAGAAAUAAGGAUCCCCCUCCUAUCGCCUCAUUGGUGUGGUACUUCAAACCUGACAGGAUGUUUUGGUUGACUUCAGAUUUUUUUCUUUUUUUCUUUUUUCUUUUAGUGUUUAAUUGGUUGAUGAAGCUUUCUCAUGGAAAGGAAAAGGCAUUGCUAUCAAGGUCCUGGUUGGACCAACAGGGGUUUAUUUUGGGGGAGGGUUGGCUCGGAUUGGGUGGGCCAUGUUUGGGGGAAAGAUUCUUGUUUCAGGACAGGACCCAUGAAAGGGUGGAUUAUAUUGGGCGUCCUGCCCUUGUAACGAUAGUGGCAUUUUAUAAAUUUGGAUGCAUUUUAUAGAUAGACCUAUAUACAUAGAUGAAUAUAUAUUUAGAGGUGAGGGCAGCGCCAUGACUGACACUUAGGGAAACGGUGCCGAACUGCUGCUGCCCAGGAAAACCAAUUUAAUAUGCAUUUUACUUAACUACCUCAGGAUCUAGUACCUCAGAAGAGAAAAAGAAAAUGAUUAUAUAUGAGAAAAAAAAUGUUCCUUUUCUUUUUUUUAUUUUGCUUUUGUGGUAUUUUGUAUACUUUAUAAAGCUGAUAGUCUUUGAACAUUUUUAUUUUUUUAAGAAAAUUUAAAAUUUGGUCAGCUGCCAACUGACCUUGCCUUCAACUCGGGUGCUUUAGGUGGCAUUGUUCAUGUGUAUGUGUGACUUAAGAUGACCCUGUACAUAAAGUCUAUUUGUACAUAGAAGCCCCGGAGCAAGAGUUGGCGCCCCCUCAGCUGGCGGCUGACAGGAGUAUCGAGAAAAAAUCGCCUCAGUUUUUCCCCUGAGGGUCCACCAUCUUCUGAAAUAAUUACAACACAUCAAAGACAUGCAAAUAAUGCCAACCGUACAUACUUACAGCAAUGCCAGUUUAGUUUUAGGAUUGACAUUGUUAUUGGUAAUGGUACUUUAAUUUGUCAAAAAAAAAAUCCUUUUUUCCUUCCUCGGAGGGCUGUGACCGGUGCAGUGUGGACGUAAUAGUCUCCUCUCUAGCUGCCCUUCAGUCAGCAGAGCGUUUUUUUUUUUUGUCCCUGUUCCCAGGCCAUCUGCCACCUUCUUGACGAUGGUGUCUUAGCAAGGCCCAAGCCCGACUAGGUUUAUUUUCAUAGAGCAAGCUUUUGUCAGUUCGGAGUGGCCCUUGUAGCCAGGCCGGUGCAUGGUGAGGGUAGGGGGAGUCACGCUGAUAGACGCAUAACUUUUCUUUCUUUUCUUGUUUUGUGCUAAGAAAAUGAUUUAAACCAGACAUUCUCUGUAAACCACAAAAUGUAACUUGAGGUUCCAAUUUGUUGUUAAAACUGGGAAACAAGCCAGAAAAGGCACACAAAUAUACUGAUGAACCCCGACUUGUGGACGGGGGGGGGGGGGG